UUUCUUUAAACCAAAUUCCUACUACGUUCAUUGGAUUUGGGUGUUGUAUUCAAUUUUAUGGCAUUUGAAGAAAAAAUAAAAGAUAAAAAAGUGCCAAAAACAUCAGGGGAAAGUGACAAAAGUGUCGAAUAAGACGACCAAAACGUUGACCAAAAAGUUUUAAUUUAAAAUUUUGACCCAGAAAAACAAAAAGUUGCUUGUUGGUCAACGGGAAGACAACGAUGAUUAAACAAGACGCAGUAGCCUGGCAAUAACGUUUUCCAAAACCUUACAAAUGACAGCGCAAUAUUACAAAAAAAUACAUAACAAGAUAAGCUAUGAUUGGCUUUUAAAGACUAUUUUGCAUUAUAAUAGGUUGGUUUUUUUACUUGGAGCUGUCAACUGGAGUAGCCUAUGAAGGGUUCAUUUUCUGUGUCCAAUCCAGGGAAUAUCGAUAAUAUGUGUGUUGGAUUGUUUUUAAGAUCUCAUUUAUUAGUAGGCUAGCCUAUUCUUUUUUCCUAAAUCAUUUUUUUUAUGUCCAAUCCAGGGAAAAUCGAUCAAGCUAGUUUGGGUUUUUUUAAUUUUUGGAACGAAUUUGAUCUGUUUUUACAAAUGAACUCUUCAUUUUUGACAGAUAGCAACAGAAAAUCUCAUUAUCAGUUAGCCUACUGUAGGUUCUUUAUCGUGGGGCGUUCAAGACCCGUCUUGGUGGGAGUGACUAUGUUAAUCAUCAUCAAACGGAAACAGGCAAAGUGCUGGGGCAUCACUCGUCUGAUUGGGUGCCUUUGUUCUUUCAAAUCGAGGUGUCCUCUCUUCUUUAUUGGCCCCAACGGACCUCUGGGGGAGAAGACAACGUUUACAGUAAUGCUGUACUCCUGCAAGGACUUUCAAACUGCGGGGAUAAUGGAGUAGUCUAACAGCUAAUAUAAGGAAAAAUGGCCUGUCAGAGACAUGAUAAACCAAACAGAUUUAGGGAUGAGCUGAGCUGCAUGCUGGUUGGUGAUGGAGCUGUGGGGAAGACUAGCAUGAUCAUCAGUUACAUCUUCAAUGGAUACAACAGCGAGUACAGACAAACAGCUUUUGAUGUUUUCACUGGUUUGGUUCAUGUGAAUGGAAUCCCAACUCGUAUGAAACUGAUAGAUACUGCUGGACAGGAGGAGUUUGACCACCUUCGCUCUCUGUGCUAUGCCCAUGUGGACGUCUUCAUCCUCUGCUUCAGCCUGGUCAACCCCAUCUCCUUUGACAACAUCACCUCCAAGUGGAUCCCACAGAUCCGAGCAGGCAACCCGACCUCUCCCAUUGUACUGGUUGGAACUCAGUCAGACCUUCACCACAAUAUGGACGUCCUUAUUCAUCUGGACCAGCGGAGCACCAAGCCGGUGCCCUUCAGCCGGGCCAGAAGGCUGGCACACAGGAUCAGAGCUCAUGACUAUGUGGAGUGUUCAGCUCUGACACAACACAACCUCAAAGAUGUGUUUGACUGUGCUAUAUUUGCUGCCACAAAGCACAAGCACACUGGCAAAACAUCUAAAAAGCUCAGCCUGCUCAAACGUUUAAAGACUUUUUGUGAUUGUGGAUGGAGGAAAAUCUUCAGAUUCAUCUGAUGUGGAAUCAAAUAGUUGAUUGAAUGUACUCUGCUUAGUGGACACGGUGUGUCUGGGGAUUCUUAUGACAAAUCAUGCAUUUUUAUCUAAAUAUUUCUCUAGAGGAUGUGAAUUGUGCACUAAAACCACAUGAUUUUAGAUCGUUGACAACCUGCAUUGCAAUAAGAAGGAUACAUUUUCUGCUCUUUUUCAUCUUCCCUUUCCUUUGUUUCAUGUUUUAUUUGCUGUUGUUCAUAUUUUUGUGUAUGUGUUUGUGUUGUAUGUGGUUUGUAAUAAAUGCACUACAGUGUAUUUCAUUUUGUGUUUUUUCUUAAAGAAUUGCUUUAAUGAAUGGAUGUGAAAACAUAGUCUGUAGAUCCUGCAGUGGAAGGUACUGUCAGUGAAGAAAUGGAGGGAAAACACAAAGUGCCAUUUGAGACAAAUGGUCACCUGCUGAUACUUUGAAGUGCUACUUUACAAGUCAAAAGCCAUUUAAAUCCAUCAAUUUCAAAGCUUAUGCUGAGGCAUACCACAGUUACUUUUAAAACAGCCCCCCAUAUGGAAUUUUCUGUGGUAAAAUGAUGAUCAAAGAUGUAUUUUUAAUUACAGUAAUUAAGAUUUGCCCAAAAGAAACUAUUACAAAGGAUAAUAUUCAUUAAAAUGUAUUGUGAUAUUUGGAGCAAUUUUCUAUA